AUGGGGAAGUCCACCGAGGAUCCCAAAAACAACAAGCGCACCCUCCUCGAUGAUAGCGACUCCGAAUCAGAAGAUGGAGGCGCCGCUAUUGCCACUACCGGCUUCAAGGUGAACGAGGACUUUGCCCGUCGUUUCGAGCACAACAAGAAACGGGAAGAGAGACAAAGACUAGAAGAGAAAUUCAAGAAUACAGGGAAGCAGCCAGACAAUGACGACGAUGACGAGUCGUCCUCGUCUGACGAGGAGGAGGAUGAAGAUGGCUUUCUUGCAACUGAAGAUCUCGACGCCCAGAUCUCUGCCACUCUCCAAGCCAUUCGAAACAAAGAUCCCAAGGUCUACGACAAGGAAGUGACCUUCUACAAGCCCGAUGACCCCACCGCCACAGCAACCGAGAAGGAAAAGAAGGAAAAGCCGGUCUACUUGAAGGAUUACCACCGAGAAAAGUACAUGCGAGGUGACACUGGUGCCGAGGAUGCUGACGAGGAUGUGCCCAUGACCUACAACCAGGAACAAGAUGUUCUCAAGAAUUCAAUCGUGGCUGAGAUGCAUGCUGCCGCCAAUGACAACUCUGACGACGAGGACGGCGGUUUCAUGAAGCGAAAGGAGGCGGACAAGGCGGACUCAAAUGGUGUGCACCCCUCGCGCAAAGCAGCCAUGGCCAUCACCGAGGUGGAUGUUGCCAACGCCGAUAAGAACCCUGAGACUUUCUUAUCGAAUUUCAUGAGCGCGCGUGCCUGGGUCCCUCCAGAUGGUUCGAACUGGAAAGCGUUCGAGUCGGAUGAAGGAGAGGAUGACGAUGACCGCGCCGAUCAGUUUGAACAGGCUUAUAACUUACGAUUCGAGGACCCAGAGCGGAGCAACGAAUUCCUUCGAUCAUAUGCUCGUGAUGUUGCCGCAGCCAAGUCAGUCAGACGUGAGGAGAAGACUGGCCGCAAGCGUCAACGUGAACUUGAACGUGAGCGCAAGGAGGCCGAGAAGAAGGAGAGGCGUGAGGAGAAGGCUCGUCUAAAGAAGCUCAAGCUUGAUGAGGCCCAGGAAAAGCUGCGCAAGAUCAAGCGCACAGCUGGCAAUGCGGGCAAGGAUCUCACCGAUGAGGACUGGAUCAAGUUCCUCGACGACGCAUGGGAGGAUGACAAGUGGGAAGAGGAGAUGAAGAAGAGAUUUGGUGACGAUUACUAUGCUCAACAAGACGAUGCUGUAGCAUCAGAGGACGAGGAACAAGAAGGUGGAAAGAACAAGUCCAAGCAUCCCAAGAAGCCAAAAUGGGAUGAUGAUAUCGACAUCAAGGAUAUCAUUCCAGAUUUCGAGGACGAUGAAAAGAAGCCAAACAUUAGCCUGAGUGAUGUCGAAGACGACGCCCAGGAGGGUGAGGGCGAGGGUGACGAAGACGAGGACGAGGGCGAGGAUGGUCGGGCCUCAAAGAAGCGCAAGACAGAUCACAAGAAGGCCCGUAAGGAGUCACAGAAGCAAGCUCGUCAAGAGCGCGCCAAGCUUGAGGCUCUUGUAGACUCCAAACUUGAGCUUACCGACCAUGCCAUCUUCAAGCAAUCAUCUCAUGCUCCUUUCCGCUACCGCGAGACCUCCCCUCAAUCUUUUGGGAUGACCGCGCGCGAUAUUCUCCUCGCUCCCUCCGACGCUGCCCUCAACGACUAUGCUGGGCUCAAGAAACUUGCCACCUUCCGCGACCAGGAAAAGAAGCGCAAAGACAAGAAGCGUCUCGGUAAGAAGGCUCGUCUACGCCAGUGGCGUCGUGAGAUCUUUGGAAAGGAGUAUGAGCGCGACGGCCCUACAUAUGGCUUCGAGCGCUUGAUAUCUGCCGACGAAGACGCUGGUGGCGCCGUGAUCGAGCCCGCGAGUGAUAAGAAGAGGAAGCACAAGAAAGAAGAUGGUGAGGAGGAUAACGUGGUAGGCGAUGUUGGUGAGAGGAAGAAGAAGCGAAAGAGAUCCAAGAGCAAGAAGAAUGCUUCUACCACCACAGCUGAGGAAUAG